CCCAGCAUGCGAUCUUUUGGUUUUGGUGGUUUACCUGGAAGGAGCAUCUCGAGGAGGAAACGUGUCCGUGGUUCUUUAAAUUAAGAGUGACGAAAAAGCAUGGCGUCACGCGGUUCACCCGUCCAUAGACACAUAUGCUAUACCCCCUCGGCUCGACACAUUUGCCUCCGAAAUCCCGGUCAAAGUAUCACCGCGACAGGGAAACGACUCGACGAUAACAGGCCGUUCGCUAUAUUUAACUAUCAUGGCAGGAAUAACACGUCAACUCAUAGAAUCAGAAGCGCAUACUUAAGAGCAAAACUUCCCGUCUUUCUUUCCUUCAGCUCAGUGACUGCUCUCUGGAUUUCGACCAGGGAAUCUCUAUCACAGCCAUCCGGUCGGCGCGCACAGCAAGAAGGUUGACACUCUCUCGGCGCUGAGAUCUUUCCCCGAGGGCGUAACUCGUGUAUACAGUAGCAAUGUUCUGGAGCCUACUUUUCGCGGUCUUCGCGACCUUACUGCGCAGCGUAUCCGCCGCCGAGUCCGUUGCCGUCUACGACUCCGAAACCGGUCUGACAUACUCCCAAAACUUUGCGCUGUACAAGGCCGACGGUCGCGGGAUAACCUUCCGAAUCGCCAUCUCGAGCGACGUCUCCAGCAACUCCGCCUACGACGCCGUGGUCCAGGUGAUCGUUCCCAACGACGUCGGCUGGGCCGGGCUCGCCUGGGGCGGUACCAUGACCAAGAACCCCCUAAUGGUUUUCUGGCGUGGGGGGUCAAACAAUCAACCGGUGUUGUCGUCCAGAUGGGCCAGCGCCCACGCGACCCCCCAACCCUACACCACCGCCUCCUACACUUUAUUCAAAACCGGCACAAAGUCCAACUCGACCCACUGGCAAUUCACUGCCCUCUGUACGGGCUGCACCUCGUGGGCCGCCGACGGCGGCGCGGUCCGCUACGUCCAGCCCAACGGCGGCAACAGGCUUGCGUUUGCUUAUAGCCCUACUAAGCCGUCGAACCCGUCCAGCCCGACGAGCGCAAUCACGGUGCACGAUGUGCAUGCGUACUGGAAUCAUGACUUUAAUACGGCGAGGAAUACGGGCUUUGAAGCGGCGGUGCAGAGGUUGUUGGGGAGUAAGAAGUUUAGGGCUUAGAUGCCCCUCGAGUGGGGUGGAAGGGGGGGAG